AUGCAGGAUUCCUGUUGGUGGAGAGCUGAAGGGGAGUGACCACACGCUGGUUCCAAUGGAAACAUAGAGAAGACCUUUAAAGAGUCCAAGGCGAACCAGCCAGGAAAAAAUGAGUCUAAUCUCUCCUCAUCUUCUCUCCUCACGAUCAUCACAUUCAACAGUAUUUUGGGUUUAUUUUUGGAACUGUGCUUUCGAUGUUGAAUCCUCACACUGAAUGAUCACGAGUUUGGAAUAAUCAUGGAAAAAACAUUGAACGUGUCGCAUUCAGGGAGCAGUAAAGGAAAGUGGUCCACGGAUCGGGGGAAUCCCGCACAGAGACAGGCGAGAAGCGGCUCGUACAGUCCUGGAUCAGGGACUGUGUCGGACAGCAGUCACCAGUCUCAAACCCAGAAAAGACACUUGGAGGGGUUUUUGAACAAAUACACAAAUUUACUACAAGGCUGGCAGAGCAGGUAUUUUGUGCUGGACCCUGAGCUCGGCCAGCUGCAGUAUUUCAUCAAUGAGCACAGUAAGAACCUGAAGCCUCGGGGGUCCCUGCCCCUCAUCGGUUCCUUGGUGGCCCCAAGCGAUGAGUUUCCCUUCAUGUUCACAGUCUAUGCUGCUAAUGGAGAUCUCUUCAAACUGAGAGCUUGUGAUGCCCGCGAGCAGCAGACGUGGAUGACCCAGCUUCAGCUGUAUGCCCGUCGCCACUCAGACAGCAGUGCCAAGGGUUGUAGCUCAUCUUCCUCCUGCAACAACACCUCCUCUUCCUCUUCCACCGGCCGGACCAACAGCUUCUCCCUGCACCCGCACCCCAUCCCGCAGUGCUCCGUCCAAAGACAGACCCCUCAGCAUGGGACGCCCACCUCUGUCAUCACCAUCACCCAUCACAAGUCCCCCACAGCCAGCAACCGAGCUUGCAGUCAGCACCCUGCAGGACUGCAUCAGGUCAAAGAGGUUAUGUCCCAGGCGGAAGGUCAGCAGAAGAACCUGGUGAACUCCAUCGAGUCCCUGCCCAGUCGUGGGCCGCUUUCUUCCCUGGACCAGGAUCUGCUCCUCCUGAAGGCCACAUCUGCAGCCACGCUGAGCUGUCUGGGAGAUUGUUUGAGUAUCCUUCAGCAUAACGUGUGUCAAGCCGCCCAACACAUCACCCACGGACACACGCAGGGAUCUAAUGCAGAUAACAACUCUAGCUGGUCAAGGCCCAAACCUGUUUCAGAUGACCAUGUGAAGAACGGAGAACUGACAGGUCACGACACGUCUCCUAAACAUCAGCCGAACUCGCCAGCACACAGGAAUAAAGACCGUUUUAAAGACACCGAGAACUCUAGUCCAGACUCGCUGGAUUCCAGCGAGGAGAUCACGGACUCGGAGGACAAUGAAGAGGAAGACCUCGGAGUCCUGGAUGACCAGAGGAGCAUCAUUCUUCAUCUCUUAUCUCAGCUCAAAUUGGGCAUGGACCUUACACGGGUGGUGCUGCCCACAUUUAUUCUUGAGAAACGCUCACUUUUAGAGAUGUAUGCCAACUUCAUGGCCCAUCCGGACGUGUUUCUGGCCAUCACAUCCGGAGGCACGGCCGAAGAACGCAUCAUCCGAUUUGUGGAAUACUACCUGACCGCCUUCCAUGAGGGUCGUAAGGGUGCUGUUGCCAAGAAGCCUUUCAACCCCAUUCUGGGGGAGUGCUUCCACUGCACGUGGGACAUACCGCGACACAAAGUGCGCCCCCUCAGGACUACCAGCUCGAGCCCGGCCCCUGCGGCCGCCCCCUCCGUCCAGCAUGCCUCCGCCGAUGGGGUGGGAUCUUACCGGCUACGCUUUGUUGCUGAACAGGUGUCCCACCACCCUCCCAUCUCUGGGUUUUACUGCGAGUGUGAGGAGCGCAGGAUAUGCGUUAACACCCAUGUUUGGACUAAAAGCAAGUUCAUGGGCAUGUCCAUAGGAGUGUCAAUGGUUGGAGAAGGAGUGUUACAUCUCUUGGAGCAUGGUGAGGAGUACGUGUUCACGCUCCCCUCCGCAUACGCUCGCUCCAUCCUCACAGUGCCCUGGGUGGAGUUGGGCGGAAAGGUUUCCAUCAGCUGCGCCAAAAGCGGAUACUCUGCCACAGUUACAUUCCACACCAAACCCUUCUAUGGAGGGAAAGUUCACAGGGUUACAGCCGAGGUAAAGCACAACCCCACCGGCACCAUUGUGUGCAAGGCGCAGGGGGAGUGGAACGGAACUUUGGAGUUCACCUAUAACAGCGGAGAGACCAAAGUGAUUGACACAUCCAAACUUCCGGUCAUUAGGAAAAAGAUCCGCCCACUUGAGAGACAGGGACCGUAUGAAUCCAGGCGGCUGUGGCAGCACGUGAGCGCUGCGCUGAAGACGGGGGACAUCGAUACUGCCACUGAACACAAACACCAGCUGGAAGAGAGACAGAGGAGGGAAGGGAAGCAGAGAACGGCCAGCCACGUGCCCUGGAAACCAAAGUACUUCAUCAAAGAGGGGGAGGGGUGGGUGUACCACAAUCCUCUAUGGAAGACCAAGUGAUGAGCUAAACCGCAGCCGCACGAUGUCGGUCCCUCACCGGCCACAUGAAAGAGGGGCUGGCCGACCAAUGGGACUCGUGGAGCAGGGAACGGGAUUGAUCCAUUUCUUCCACACAUCUUACAGAGCGCGGAAGGUGCCAAAAACAACACACAGACUUCACAAAAGCCCCUUCGGAUGAUGGAGAUUUAGACUUGGAGGCCCAAACUGAUAUACUGUAGUAUGAACUUGUGCAAUAACUUUAUAUUUGUAUAUUACUUACGGUAAUCAGUUAUACACACAGAGGAGAGAUGUAGCAUCCGUGUCAGUUCAUAAUAUACGACCGAGCUGUUUUGUGCGACGAGGACACCGAGACGGAUGUUUAGGCUGCGUAAAUGUGAGCAGCGAGGUGUGUUAUAUAUUGUUAAAGUGACCUCACCCCUCGUGUUCUUAUGAUUGAAAUGCUUGUUUUAGUUCAGCGUGAAUGAAUAAAAGCGACACUUCAUUCAGCAAAAAAAUGUGUAUUAGCGAUGUGUGGACAUUAAUACCAUGCACCUUUACUUAACCACAGAUAUUUGAUCUUUUUUCCAUAAUGGGAAUCCAGGGAUGGCCAGUGACACAUUUCAGUUUAAUUUUGCAAGUUGACGUCUGCUCCAAAGCAGAUGAUCAGAAAUGUGAAUGAUUUUUAACCGCACUCAUUUUGCCAAUAAAUAUAGCUCUGUAAAUUGACAUGGAUUAUCAACUCUUUUUCUGUCAAGAUUCAUUGUACACCCCAGCAAAAAACCAAUGGCAAAUAAAUGCUGUUUUUGUGUCUGGUGCUAUUAAAUCAGCUGUUUAAAUCUCUAGCGUCAGAAGCAGUAUGACGUAAUUGUCCCAAAGAAAAUCACAGGUGCGUGUUUCUGUUACUCUCGUCACAGCCCUGUUUUGGGUGAACAGUACACCUCAAAAUAAAAAUUCAGUCUUCAUUUACUCACCCUAAAGUUGCUCCAAAUCUGUAUAAAUGUCUUUGUUCUGAUGAACACAAAGAUGCUUGUAAGCAAACGGUUCUUGGCCACCAUUGACUACCAUAAAUUGCUUAUAAAUUUCUUUAUUCUGUUGAACACAAAAGAAGAUAUUUUGAAGAAUGUAGGAAAGCAAAAAGUUCUGGUGCACUUUUGACAACCAUUGAAAUUUUCCCUACUAUGGUAGUCGGUGGUGGCUAAGAACUGGUUAUAAGCAUUCUUCCAAAUAUAUUUCUCUGUGUUCAUCAAACCAGACAUUUAUGCAGAUUUGAAACCACUGGAGGGAGAGGGAAUGAUGACAGAAUCUUUAUUAACAGGUGAACUGUCCCUGUACGGCAUCCAGCCUCUGGUCUGUUUUGCAUGGUUUAGAUGGGAGUCAGGUUAAACCACCCAAACAUCAUCUUGACCAAGCUGGGAGACCAGCUCAACCAGCUUUUGUUCCCAGCAGGGAGAGAACGACAGAGAUUUAUGCUGCUAAAUGUGUUGGUAGAGGUUUCAUAACGAAUGCAAUAUAAAACCAAAACAUAUUACACACUGAAAGUUCACACCUUCAAAAGCAUAGAGUAUAAAGCAAGCUAAACAUACCACAUACCCAAGACCCUCUUAAAAUCUCCCUCAGAAUGUUUGUAACUAACCCAGGUUUGUGCAAUAUUUCAAAAUUGUACAUUAAAAAAGCUGUAUGACUGGUCCACUUUCAUGAAUUUUUAUAUUAGUGGAGUGUCUUAAUGAAAUGAAGCUCUUGUGCAUGUGGUGGUCACUGGGCUAGAUGUGUAAAACUACAGCUGCUCAGAAUGAGGAGUGAAUGUGGGCUGCUUUGUUCAUUCAAUCGUACUGUAUAUGAUCACAGAUGGUGUCCCCACCAUAUGUACUUAGAUACUAAAUAAAGAUCCCACUGCAAAACACAAAUGUUUGCUUAUCAUUUAC